CAGCAGCAACCAGCAAGAAAGCAAGACAGCAAGAGUAAGCAAGAGUUUGUUGGAGUUGUUGAUCUCAGUUGAUCUGAAAGUUCAUGAGAGUGAUCCAAGCUGUGGUGUGUAGUGGAUUGUGUGUGAUACAAGUUUAGGAAGCUAGUUCCUCGGAAUUGUAAGGGUUACCUUUUAUGGUAAUCCAGUUAAUAAGAAAAAAAUAAUACGAUAGAUAUAUUUGUAAUGCUCUAUAAAGUCAACAACAAUACGGAAUACAAGAUAUAAUUUUAAAAAUAAUGAUGGAUAUAAUAUACAAGACAGUGAUUGCUGUAUCUUUGGCGAUAUGUAUCACUGAAAUCGCAGCUACUCUUCCUCCGCCUGAAAGAUUGACAGGAAUGAAUCCAUGUAUUAGCAAACAAACUUGUCAUGACUGCAUACAAACGCCUCAUUGUGCUUGGUGUGCAGCUCCAAAAUUCAAUGAAAAACGUUGCUUUUUACCAAAUAUAAAUACUAAAAUAUUUGCAAUAUGUCCGGAAGAAUUUACAUGGAAUCCUGAUAAUGUAUUUAGUAUGGUAAGGUAUCGUAAUUUAACCAAGGGUGGAUUUAUUGCUGGUGGUGAAAACUCUGGUUUAAUUGGUUCAUCGAUCUCUUCCUCUUCAUCGUCAUCAUCAUCAAGCAGUUCAUCAUCUUGGAGUAGCAGUAGCAGCAGCUCAAGUAGACAAGAAGCUGUUCAAAUAUGGCCUCAAGAAGUUAAUCUAAAACUUCGAAUAAAUGAAGCACACAGAAUGUCCUUUGCUUAUUCACAAGCUGAAGAUUAUCCUGUUGAUCUUUAUUAUCUUAUGGACUUGAGUAAAUCUAUGGAAGAUGAUAAACAAAAAUUAUCGGAUUUAGGACAGCUUCUUGUUGAGAGUAUGAGUAAAAUAACAAGUAACUUCCGUUUAGGAUUUGGUAGUUUUGUUGAUAAAGUUGUUAUGCCAUAUGUCAGUACAUUGCCGAAAGCACUUAUUGAGCCAUGCGAUGGAUGUGCGGCACCUUAUGGUUACAAAAAUGUUAUGAGAUUGUCAACUGAUACGAGUGCAUUUGCCAGCUUGGUGAGUAACGCAUCCGUGUCUGGUAAUUUAGAUGCUCCUGAGGGUGGUUUUGAUGCUAUCAUGCAGGCUAUUGUGUGUAGAAGUGAAAUUGGUUGGCGUGAAAAAGCUCGAAGGCUGUUGGUAUUUUCAACAGACGCUGGAUUCCACUAUGCCGGUGAUGGAAAAUUAGGUGGUAUUAUACGGCCAAAUGACGGUCUAUGCCAUCUUGACCAUACUGGACUUUAUACUCAUUCAUCAGUACAAGACUAUCCCAGUAUAUCUCAAGUUAAUUUAAAAGUUAAACAAAAUGCUAUAAAUAUUAUUUGGGCAGUUACUGAGGAACAGAUAAGUGUCUAUAAAAGAUUAACAAAACAUGUUGAGGGUUCAUUUGCUGGUAAACUUUCCAAUGACUCGAGUAAUAUUGUUGAAUUGAUAAGAGAACAGUAUGAUAAAAUAUCAAGUUCUGUUGAAAUGAAAGAUACUGCUAGUAGUGUUAUUAAAGUUAGAUAUCUUUCGAGUUGUUUAAAUGACGGACCUCCAAUAGAAACGUCAAAAUGUGAUGGAUUAAAGGUCGGAACAAAAGUUGAAUUCAUAGCGGAAAUAGAGGUAACAAGUUGCCCUACAAAUCGCUCUGAAUGGAAACAAAAAUUCGAUAUAUAUCCCGUUGGAAUAAAUGAAACGUUGACUGUUAAUUUAGAAAUGCUUUGUGAUUGUGAAUGUGAACAUGAGGGUCCAAUGUACGAGCCUAAAUCACCAGAAUGUAAUGGUGUAGGCACAUUGAAAUGCGGUGUUUGUGAAUGCUAUGAUGGAUUCUUCGGCAAACAUUGUGAAUGCAGUUCACACCAGGAAAUAACUGGAUUUGAUCGUAAUUUCCAAUCCUGUCGACCGGACAAUACAUCUCUGGUAGACUGUUCCGGCCGUGGGACAUGUGCAUGCGGUCAAUGUGAAUGCGAAGAACGUGAAAAUCCUGAAGAAAUUAUUUCAGGUCAUUUUUGUGAGUGCGAUAACUUCUCAUGUGAUCGUGAUGAAGGACAUCUUUGUUCGAAUCACGGUACAUGCCAAUGUGGACAGUGUGUUUGUAAUGCAGGUUGGACUGGUCCAAGCUGUAAAUGUCGAUCUUCCAAUGAUACCUGUAUCGCUCCAGGUACUAUCAACGGCCUUUUAUGUUCUGGUCAUGGUGACUGUGUUUGUGGUGAAUGUGUAUGCCACGAGGAGGGUAAUAUACGAUACUCUGGUAAACACUGUAACAAAUGUCCAACUUGUCCAAGUCGUUGUGAAGAAUUAAAGCCUUGUGUUCAGUGUCAAAUGUACAAAACUGGAAAUUUAACUGAGGAAGAGUGUGCUAGAGUUUGCACAGAGUUUGUACCUGAGCCUGUGGAAGCUGUAAUAGUCGAUGUAGACAAUGAUGAAGUCCCGUGUUACGGAACGGAUGAGUACGAUUGUAAAUACAAUUUUGUAUACUAUUAUGAUGGACAAAAUUGUCUGAAAGUGAAAGCUCAAGCUGAACGAGAAUGUCCUUCUCCGGUUUACGUCCUGGGAAUAGUACUUGGAGUAAUAGCUGCUAUCGUUCUUAUUGGUUUAGCAUUUUUAUUACUCUGGAAACUUUUAACGACAAUUCACGAUCGAAGAGAGUUUGCGAAAUUCGAAAAAGAACGAAUGAUGGCUAAAUGGGAUACGGGAGAAAAUCCAAUUUACAAACAAGCAACAUCCACAUUUAAAAAUCCUACUUAUGCCGGCAAGUAAAAAAAUUUAACGACCAAC